AUGAAGGUAUAACUAAUUAGCCUUCUUCUGUUUUAUUUGGUUACUUGCAAAAACAUACCAUUAUAAUUAGAGAUUGGGUUAAUUGAAUUUGAAGGUCUUUAGCCUGGAAAACUAUAAUAUUAAGUAUGACAAAUUGCAAAUGAAAAAUAAAGGAAAUUUAAUUUGAUCAGCCAUUUAUCCGUGUCCCUUAGGUUGCUUUAACAAUUAAUAGUCUCAUGAAUCAUAAUUCUUAAGUGUAUUUCAGCAAGAUUUACAACGUGACCACCGAUGGUACUCUUUUUCCUCACUAAGUCUAGGAUUUACAAUGGGAGUUUUGAGUGGAACAGAAUAAUCCUUAGAAUAUCGUUACAUGGCUAUCGUUGAUGAUAGAGUCCAAGUGAAUUGUCUGAAUUUUAAAGUCAAAGAAAUUGUGUUCAUUCCUUAUCUAAAGUAUUCGUAUCUAAAAUCUCUAGAUAGUUUGUUAAAUCACCUAAAUCAUGGGUUUUCUUAACUGGAGUCAGAUAAUAAAGCAACACCUUCUCAUUUUAAUAAGGUAUCUGCCAUUAAUCUACAAAUUAGAUAUAAGAAAUGAGGGUAUCAUGCUUAAGUUCCAAUCCAUAGACACCGAAAUAUUAGGAGUCUGUGUUGUGGCUGGUGCAGUUGAUAUUCUAUAGUCUAAGAUUGAUGAUUUACCAACAUUCUAAGGAUACAACCUAAUGAAACAAUAGUCAGCUCUAUCGAUCAUAGCUUAAUCUAGUUUUAUCUGUGAAGAUGAAUGCUUAUUAUACUUUAGUAAUUCUUAUUAUAAGUUAGGGAAUGAUUAAACUAAACAAUUAAAAAUUAGUACUGAAUUUCAUGAUUAAUAAGAAAAGCCAACAUUAUAAAAAUUCAUACCUUUUAAAAAAGAAAAUCAUACUGUUACACAGGAUAAGGUUGAGAAUCUAAUAGAAUAAACUAUUAAAAUAGAUAAGGUUGAAUAAACACAUACUUCUCAUGAGGAGAGUUUAAAGAAGAUGAUAAGCUAAUAAAUUUUAAAUUUGGAAGAAUAAAUAAAUCAUCCUAAUGGAAUAAAUAGUUUUGAUUCUAAUGUUAAUGAAAUAUCAUAAUAAGAACCUAUUGAUAGCGAAAGUGAAUCCGAAGAUGAAGAGGAUGGAAUUAAUAUGGCUAGAAUUUCAAAACCAAUUAAUAUUGAGGAAGAAUUAUAGAAAUUGGAAAAGAUCUCAGAAGAUAGAACCAAAAAGAUAAACAUCAUAGAAUUCAACCCAAAAGAAUCCAUCAACGUUUCAUUUUUAUCUAGAAAUAAUAUUGAUAUGCAAGAAGAAAGCAAAGCUGAAAAAUUAAUUGAAUUAAAAUAUAUUGAUAGAGCUCCUAAGUUUUCACCUAAAAUUUAGUAAAUGAUUGAAGAAGCUAAAAAGAAUAUUGAAGUUGAAUAAUCAAUAACAGAUAAAGUAGAACCUCCAAUAAAUAACAAACUAACAAUUAAAGAUUAAUUAAAAUUACAGACAGAAAAUUUAAUUCAAUAGAUUGAAAAUACUUCCCAUAUUUCCAAAUUUGAUGUUGAUGACGAAAUUACUCAUCAAUAGUAAUUUACAAUCAAUAAUAAAAUUCAACAAGAAACUUAAGAAAUUAAUAAUCCAUCUAAAGAAGAAGAAUAAAGAAUACCUGCUCCAAAUAAUGAGAAAAAGCAUUCUAAAUAACCAAUUCUAAAUGAAUAUGAUACAAUCUUUGCUUAAUUUGCUAACAACAAUAAUUUAAGAUCUGUAAAACCAUAAUAACAUUUUUCUAGUCCAUUGAUUGAAACAGAAAUCAAAAUUGAACUAGUUUAAGAGGAACAGCAGAUUGAACCUAAACAAGAAUUAAAAAUUCUCAAUCCCAGGGAAGAAAGACUUUAAAAAUAUUUGUAAAAGGCUGAUGAAGUUGAUCUCAACUUCUUAGAAAACAUUAAACUUGUUUCAGAGUAGAGUUAAUAACAAGAAGAUUAACCAAUAUAACAAGAAUAAAUAUAAGAAAACUUUGAUUAAUCCAAUGUAUCAUAUACAGAAUAAUUAAAUAUGAGAAAAAGUAUCUUUACUAUUUAUUAUUUAGAUUAAAUUCUUCAGGAACUUUAACAGAAAUACAAUAUAAAGGCUGCUCCCAUUUAGAGUUUUGAAGAAUUUAAAUUGAAAGUACCUUAGGAUCAGUAUCCACAAAUAUUGUAUGAGAAAUAUCUUGAAUAAUUGAAAAAGCAACAAAUUGGAGCCAGCUUUAUUGAAACCGAUCACAAUGUAAGAUCCGUUGAAAACUCAUAUUAACUUGAAGCAGCCUACUAUGAAUGGCAUUUAUAAAAAAAUAUAUGAG